AUGGAAUGUUUUGUUCCUCUGCAUAGCGACCUUGAUGGAAGCAAUGUAGAAUAUUUACGUCGAUCACAUUUGUUUCGCAAAUUUAUUAUAUUUGACGAACAACUAAAUCUUUGGCUGCGGUUUCAAGAUGAUUCGAAGAAUAACAAGAGAUUUGAACUAAGUAAUAUGACAGUAUCAAUAAAUGAAGCUCAAGUCACCAAAACAAACACUAUCGAGGAUUUUUUUACUCAAGUUGGCAAUGAUGGAAACCUCUGGAGAUUGAAAGAGGAUUGCUGCUCGAAAUUUCUUUUCAAAUCAAACGUGGUUAUGAACAAUGGCUAUAAUAAUCAAAUUAAAUUUUUGUUUGAGUAUAAGUCUAUGGAAGCAAAUCUCGAAAACCAGGGUUCAUCACAAACUUCACAGACUAGUGAUACAUUAAGCAAGUACUGUAGGGAGGAGAUUUUACCAAGCUUUGAACCGGUUUACUCCUGGUCCUCUAUGAAUACUAAAUCAGCCAAUGACACUCAUACUCACGUGGAAAAAAAUCCAGUAAAUUCUAGAAAUGGAGAAACACAUGAAACCGAAAUUUCUAAAAACCCGAAUAUGCUAAGUUUGAAGCUACAGUACCCAAUAUUUUCACUCCUGAAUAUGAGACUUCGGAACAUCUCUUUGAAAUCGGAGCAUUGCAUAUUGUCAUCAUUAGAUUUUCAAACCUCUAAAGCAUCCGAACAACUGACCAAGAAAUUUAUAUACCCUCAAAAACAAAACUCCUUUCUCAAACUCUAUUUUCAUGAAAUAUCCUAUAGACUAAUUGAUGGGACUUCCCAAAUUAACCUAGAUCCAAUUUGUCCCCUGAACGUGCCAUUUACUGCAUUUUCAUACGAUAGCAUUAGCGCCACUUUCAAACUGGUUCUAUUAUCUAAUUCAACCCAACCGCAUCGUGUAAGGAUCACCUUAGCGUACGAACUUGAGUUGAGUGACGAUUUGAGGUUGCCUGUGAGAACGUCUUGGGAAACAGAAGUGACUUUGAAACGCUCUAUGCCAACUUCCUCAACAUCCUCUCAAAAUUCGACUACCAACAAUAAUAUCAAUCGUAGCGCUUCUUUCAAUGGUGCAACCAACAACGUGAAUUUUGGUGGUUUGAACAAUUUAAGAUUCGGUGGGAUUUCCUCUUCAAGAUUUAGUCUCGGAGCUGCUUCGACCACAUCACUGGUGAAUAGCAAAUUAAGCAAUGUAAAAUUCAAGUUUAUUAAUAAUAAUAUAAAAGUUGUAAAGGGUGAAAAGUUUACGAUGAGGCUCCAGAUCAUAAAUUCGUCAUCAUCCCCUCUGGAUCUUGUUGUAUACUAUAACAACACAAUAAACCCAACUUCAUCAGUUACUAACCCACGCAAUAAUAGUGGUAUAAAUAACUAUGGCAUGAAUAAUGGGGGCGUUACUAUUCCACCCUUGUCGUUGGAAACUCAAUACCAACUGCAUAAGAAGCAUAGUAAAAUUGCGGAGGGAAUUAUACUAUUAUCAAACGAUUACAAAAUUCCGGUCGUACCUCCCAGAGAAACAUACUUCGUAGAUUUACGAUUUAUAGGUAUAAUGUCUGGAUAUUAUGGCACCCUCUCCGGACUCAAGGUGUUGGAUUUGAAUACAAAUGAACUUAUAGAAGUUGGUAAUGGUGCAUCUGUGUUGAUUCAAUGA